UCUCUCUCUCUCGCGCGCGCGGUCGCUCGCUGUUGCCCACCAUCCUAUCCCCCUCUCUCAUCUGUUCUCCACCUUCCGACCGUUCCCAUGGAAAAGGCCCUCCUUAAUCCCACCAAAACACGGUUCCUGAAAGCGUCCUCUCCAGCUUAAGAUUCCGACCCCUAAAUGUUCCAACCAUGGACUUGACCGCCACCGCAAUAACCCCCAACAGUAGCCGGAGACCACAAGAAGCCGACGCCGAUACACCAUCUCCGACCCAACCCACCAAGCUCACCGACCACCACAUUUCCAAGCCCUUAUCCUUCGGCAACGGCGUACUCAAGCGGCACCACCAGAACCACACCCCAUCCGCGGUCAUUACUUACAAGGAAUGUCUCAAAAACCAUGCGGCAAGUUUAGGGGGCCAUGCCGUGGACGGGUGCGGAGAGUUUAUGCCCUCCCCCUCCGCUACGCCCACCGACCCAACUUCCCUAAAGUGCGCCGCGUGUGGAUGCCAUCGCAACUUCCACCGCCGUGAACCUGACGAGGGUGCCCAUACGUUGGACUACCAUCACCAGCACCAGCAGCACACUCCACACCAGCCAAUUGUAGCUCGCUGUAGGAGCCCGAAUUCAGCCUCCCCACCUCCUCUCUCAUCUUCGUACUAUCCAUCUGCACCUCAUAUGUUGUUGGCACUGAGCACCGGCCUAUCUGGAGCGCCGGAAAAUCAUGUGAACACAACUGCUGCAGCAACAACAGCGAUUGUGACGCCAAACCCAAAUGGGAGAAAGCGGUUUCGCACGAAAUUUAGUCAGGAACAGAAGGAGAAGAUGUAUGCGUUCUCAGAGAGGCUCGGAUGGAAGAUGCAGAAGAGCGACGAAGAGGUGGUUGAUGAGUUCUGCAAUGAGAUUGGGGUGGGGAAAGGUGUGUUGAAGGUUUGGAUGCAUAACAACAAGCAUACUUUUGGAAAGAGAGAUGCAAAUGGCAAUAGAAGUAGCGUUGACGCCAACGAGAACCACAGUCACAGUCACCACAAUGAUAAUAGUGCUCAUCAUGUUGCCACUAAUGGUUCUUCUUCUUCAUCUUAAUCUUUCUUCUUGACCUCUUCUUUUCCUUGUUGUUGUUCAGAAAAUAUUAGGAAGAGAGGGACUAGUGCCUUUUUUUUUCUUUUUCUUUCUUUCUAUUUUUUCCUUUUUUAGAUGAUUAACAAACACUUUGUUCAGUUCCGGGAGAAGUUAAAAGAAGUAAAAAAAAAGCAAUUUAUUUGGGAAUUCAA